UGUACGUGCAUUUCAUUUCAUAUCACGAGUGCUUCUCAGAGACCGGCAGGUUUCAUUGCAAGAGAAAAUGAGUGAAGCAAAGUUGAUUGGCAGAGACAAGAGAUGGUCGCUGAGUGGGAUGAAUGCUCUAGUCACCGGAGCAACCCGAGGCAUUGGGCAUGCCACUGUAGAAGAACUAGCAGAAUUUGGAGCAACUGUGCAUAUAUGUUCCCGUAACCAAUCAGACAUCGACAAGUGUUUGAAAGAGUGGAGGAGCAAAGGAUUUUGUGUCACUGGAUCGGUCUGCGAUGUGAUCUCAAGUCACCAGCGUCAAAAUUUAAUGCAAACUGUUGCCUCCAUUUUUCAUGGAAAGCUCAACAUCCUUAUAAACAAUGCAGGGACAAUCAUAUAUAACAAAGCCACAGAUCAAACUGCAGAAGAUGUAUCUACUGUUAUGGGCACCAAUUUUGAAUCUUCUUACCAUUUGAACCAACUUGCACACCCGCUUCUUAAAGCUUCAGGAUAUGGUACCAUUGUAAAUAUCUCCUCCAUUGUGAGUGGGAAAGCUUUGCCUCUUGUUUCAGCCUGCGCAGCAUCCAGGGGAGCUAUGAAUCAAGUCACAAAGAACUUGGCUUUGGAAUGGGCAAAGGAUAACAUUCGUGUAAAUGCAGUUGCACCCGGAACUAUAAUGACAUCGCUUUUGGAGUCUAGCUUGAAAGAACCUGGUGGAGAAACAGCAGUGAAAUCUAUUGUAUCUCAAACUCCUAUGAAUCGCACAGGAGAGCCUAAGGAGAUAUCAGCACUAGUUGCCUUCCUUUGCCUUCCUGCUGCUUCAUACAUCACUGGUCAGAUUAUAUAUGCAGAUGGAGGCUUCUCUAUGGCUGGAGCAAUGCUCAAAGACAAGAGAUGGUCGUUGAGUGGGAUGACUGCUCUUGUCACAGGAGCAACCCGAGGCAUCGGGCAUGCUAUAGUAGAGGAAUUGGCAGAAUUUGGAGCAACUGUGCAUAUAUGUUCACGUAGCCAAGCAGACAUUGAUGAGUGUUUGAAACAGUGGAAAAGCAGAGGAUUUAGCGUGACUGGAUCAGUAUGUGAUGUACACUCGCGCGACCAACGUCAAAAUUUAAUGGGAACUGUUGCCUCCAUUUUUCAUGGAAAGCUCAACAUCCUUAUAAACAAUGCCGGGACGGUUGAUGUUAAGGAAAGCCUAGAUCACACAGCUGAAGAUAUAUCAACUAUUAUGAUCACCAACUUUGAGGCUACUUAUCAUUUAAGUCAACUAGCACACCCUCUUCUAAAAGCAUCAGGAUAUGGUGUUAUUGUGAAUAUCUCUUCCAUUUCCAGUACCAAAGUUUUCCCAGGUGUUUCAGCCUAUGCAGCUUCUAAAGGAGCCGUAAAUCAAACCACCAAGUACAUGGCAAGUGAAUGGGCGAAGGAUAAUAUUCGUGUCAAUGCAGUAGCAGCGGGAAUGGUGAUGACAGUGCUUUUAGAGUCUUGCUUGGAAAAAUCAAAAUUGGGAAAGAAUGCAGAAAAUGUUUUUGCAUCUCAAAUUCCUGUUGGUCGAAUAGCAGAGCCUAAAGAGAUUUCAGGAAUGGCUGCUUUUCUUUGCCUUCCUGCUGCUUCAUAUAUCACUGGACAAGUUAUAACUGUAGACGGUGGUUUCACUGUUUAAAUAGUAUAGCCUCAUUUCAAUUCUAAUAAUUGUGUAAUUGCUUCAAGUCAGUCAGAAACUCCUAGCUAAGUCAAGUUCAUAUUUUAAUCAUUGGGAAGCUACAGUUGACAGCUUUUUAAUUUAUACUUCAGCAAUGACUUCAGCA